AUAAUUCUGCGACCUCCGUAUUCAGGUAUGACACCCGAUAUGGGGUCACCAGCCACAGUUUAAGAAGCUGGGCUGGAGGCUACAGGGAGCUACUGAAGUCUUUUAAGCAAGGGAGUCAUAUUUGUGAAGAGGGAAGAUUGAACAGAGAGAGAUCAGCUAGGAAGUUAUUACAACGAUCCAACCAAGAAGAGAGGUGGACCAUUAUCAUAAAUGGCCCGGGGUUCCUGCUCUUUAAUAACCAGAGCCAGCAGUGCCUUGCCGGGAAGGACAAUUUCAAUAUGGAACUAGGCAGAGCCCAUCUCUAAGCCACCGUCCUUUUCAGUGCAAUAAACCUCCUUUAGCUUUAAGGUCAUUUUCGGUUCAAACAUUCUUUAAUCCAACAAACCCAAUGAAAAGCUUCAGGCACAGAACGCUGGACCUGGGACCGGAAUACCGGGGUUGAAAGUCCUCUACUAGCUGAGAAGAUAAAUGAUUUAACCUCUCUGGGCUUCAUUCAUGAAACUGACUUUAGAUGAUCUGAGAUCUUUUCCGCCUUCAUUCACAAAAUGCAUCAUUUAUGAUAAACGAUCUUUGGGAUCUUCUUCUAAAUAUAACGAUCCUAUUAGUGCCUUGGGAAGAAUUUAUCCCCUCAAGUUCCUUCCAUUUAUAAGGUGCUUAAAAGUUUGCAAAAACUACACAAGUUCUCUCCUUUGACCCUCACGACUAAUAAGGGAUGGAUGCUGUUGUCCCCAUUUGACCGAUGAAACUGAGAUUUAGAGACGCGCUGGGGAUCAUCUCCUUACGAUGGGUCUCUCAACCUGGAGCCUUCCUUGAACCUACAAUGUAAAGCGCCGCGCCGUUGCCGCAACGAAGCCAUCGACGAUCCGCUGCAAUGGCGGCGGGGGUGCCCGAUCCCCAGUCGCGAUUCGGCCACUCGGUAAAGGGGCUGCUCACCGAGAAGGUGAAUGCCUGCGGCACCGACGUCAUCGCCCUCACCAAGCAGGUGCUGAAGGGUUCGCGGAGCUCCGAGCUGCUGGGUCAGGCAGCUCGAAACAUGGUAUUGCAGGAAGAUGCCAUCUUGCACUCAGAAGAUAGUUUAAGGAAAAUGGCAAUUAUAACAACUCAUCUUCAGUAUCAGCAAGAAGCUAUUCAGAAGAAUGUUGAGCUGUCUUCAAAUCUACAGGACCAGCUGAAGCAUUUGCUGAAAUGAAAUGACAUCUUAAAAGCUCCUAAACACAUUUCUCAAAGCUGUGGGGGAAUAGAGCUCACAACCCCAUCUUCUAUUCUAGCAAUUCAAUUAAAAAAGAAUUGUGAUGGUCUGCAGCCUCUCCCAGAAUACAGGAUUUUCUCUCCCUAUGUAAAGAUAUAAUUUAAGG